GGGGCUCUGGUGUGUCUGGAAGAGCGAAGGCGGACUGCUCCUUCCGCAGGAGAGGCCGCGUCCUGAGGGCGGCGCGCUCGGGACUGAGGGGCACUCCGCGCAGGGGCGGGGCUGGGGCCCGGGGCGGCGGGGCGGGGGGCGCGCGGGGCGUGUGCACCCACGGCCAAGGGCACCUGGUCAGCGGGCCGCCCUGGAAGCUUGGGCCCAGCCCAGCCCAGCGAGUGAGUCUCAUUCAGGAAGUUGUGCCUCUGACAUCAGGGGCAGGACGGAGUUGGAGUGAAACCUCCAAAAUGUGAGGCGCCGGCCGGCGGGCGUGCCAGGAACGCAGAGGGCGCCCUUGCCCGCGCGGGCGGCGCGACGCGGCCCCCACUGACCCUGCCCUCGGCCCGGCCGGGAUCGCUGACCGCCCCGCCGCCCCGGGACUCCCCGGGCCCCGCGCCUGCAGGAAGCCCUCCGGGGAACCGAAAGAUUUGUUCUGCACUCUGGAGGUGAAGAAACUGAGGCACAAAGCAGCUGAAUGACCUUCCAGAGGACACACACUGAGUCUCAGGUGCCGUCGGUGGCAUGCCAAAGCCCAGAGCUGGAGGAGGAGUAAACUGGGCGAGGCUGCGUCCUCUGGAGCCCAGGAUUUGCUAGCGACCUGAGACUCCCCUGGCCCCAGGCUAGCCAAGCGCCAUGGGGAAAAUCAGUGCCUUCUUUAGUGCCAUCUGGGACACCAUCCUGACCAAACACCAGGAGGGCCUCUUCAACACCGUGUGCCUUGGCAUUAUCCUGGGGCUGCCACUGCUAGUGGUCCUCACGCUCCUUUUCAUCUGCUGCCAUUGCUGCUGGAGCCAGCCAGGCAUGAGCGGUCAACAGCCAGAGCAGAACAAAGGGAAGAAGAAGAAGAAGAAGAAAAAGAAGAAGGCUGAAGAAGACCUCUGGAUCUCUGCUCAGCCCAAGCUCCUCCAGAUGGAAAAGAGGCCGUCCCUGCUUGUGUAGCUGGGCAGGAAGCAGAGGUGUCCUCCCUGCGGACCAAGCCGCCUUCCAUCUACAUGCAAGGUCGGGAGCAGCGGCCCCUGAACUGAUGCACUCAGGUCCCCAGAGGAACUACUCAACCAAGGAACAGACCUCAGAGCAAGUGCACCCACGAAGGGGAUCCGUGGGAGGACACGGGCCUUUCUGGGGCACUUCGCAGCCAUAUGCCCAAGAGCAACGCUCUUUACUACAGACUCAGGUGUGCCUUCCCCCUGUGUCUGGCCUGUUCCAUAUGCAAAAGCACAAGGAACACUUAUCCAUACAUUUUGACAUGUCUCCCACAUGCACACACAUGCACACAGUGUGUACCACACACACACACACACACAUGAAUUCAGGCAAUAGAUACCUGGCAAGUAUAUUCUAUUCACCAAAUAGCCACUAAAUGUCUACUUUGUGCAAGGCCCUGUGCAUAAUCUGCUCUUGCAAAAACAUCUCAUAGGAGGGCCUGUCCAGAUUUGGGCACGUGUGCACAAUUAUAUAACCAGACAAGGCAUUACAUAUACCACUCAGGGUAGAGAUGUGUGCCUUCCCAUUCCUAGCCCUUCAUAGUUUUUUACUGGAAAUUCUUGUAUUUGGACAUUCCAGCAUCCUGGUGCAGUCCCUUCCCUGUAUUAUAAUACACACCAAGUUCCCAGGCUUCUGACCUCUUACCUGGGAGGAAAAGUUUAAUAUGUGAUGAAUCAAAAUUCGUGGAAAGCUGUUGUCCUGGGACUCAUACCCAGGUCCUCCUUACCACUGGUAGGUAUGCAAUGUGGCCCAAGACCUUGCUUUGAGAUGCUGUCCCCGGAACCUCGCAGCAAGGCACCCUUCUCCAAGCAAGAGCAAACAGCUCUUGGCAGACUGCUAGCAAGAUACAGAACCCAGGUGUACUCCAUUCACUUCCUGGACUGCCGUGGUGUACCUGUGCAAGGUGUGCUUUACAAAUGGAAAGGAGGUGGCACACUUGAGCCAGAUGCCUCCUAUGUGACCAAAGGUUCUCAGGUGGGGAAGAGAGAUGGUCACCCAUACAGUCCCGCAGAAGGCCCACUGGAAAUGAUUUUAUAAUUUUGUAAUGGAUGCAUAGUAUGUUGCAGGUGGGAUGCAGAAGUUACAGAGUUUAAAUGAAAGUAGGAUGAAGUUAUAUAGAGGUUUAUUAAUAUUUAUCUUGAUGCUAAGGCAAGUGCCUUGCACACAGUUGGUACUCAGACUGGCUGUGGAUGGUGUUGGAUAUGUGAAGAUGUUAAGGGUCAACAUGUAAUACCUCGUCAAUUCCCCCAAGUGACCCUCUCUUCUAAGUGAGCCCACUAAUUGCUGCAAUGGAUGGAAGCUGGGUAUCAAAUUCUGCAGGAGGAUGAAUGCAGAGCAAGGGUCAGGUGGGCAUGGGCACCCUGAGGUCCAUGAGGACGUGUAAACUAGGUCUGCAGUGAGUUGAGGAGAGGGUCUCCCUGCCCUGCUGAGAUUGGGAGGCCUAGCUAAUGCACUUGUAUGAUGAACUGGUUGGUAUUUUGAUUUUAUUGUGAGCAUCUUGCAAAGAUGGGUAAUUCCCAAAUUAGGAACAGGUUGUGCUCUGAAAGUUCAUUUGCAGAUCUGCUGGGUAGCUCUCUUGAAAUAUUUUCCCACCUAAAUGGUGUUGAAAUUGCGAUUUAAUUAAUUAACUAAACUAUGAUAUUUAUAGUAGCAAAAAGCGGAAUUCUGUAAGAGUGUGUUAGUGGGAAAAUGUACUCUGUUUGCUUACUCGGACCACCUGGUACUCACCUGCCCUCCAGGUUCACGCCAGGCCUGUGGAGGGCAGCGUCUGGUGGUGGCUGCUGCCCCAGAGUCUUCUAGCCUGUGACUCUGUGAAUCACAAAGCAGGCUUCUCAGACCAUAGGACCAGUCACAGCCACCCUCUCACACUAAGUGGCCCUAAAACCCCAGGCACUCAGGCCGCUGCUCAUAAACCCCUGUGACCAGAGAAAGAAGCAUUCUCUGAUUUUCUGUCCCCUUGUCACAUGGCUUGUCAUGGAGCAUCGGGCAGUCCCCUUCCCAUCACAGGGUGACUAUUUGUCUCCCCACACCAAUCGCACAUGCUCCCCAUGUCCACCGCUGCCCACCAGGACAAGCUCCCCUUCCUGUCCCCAGCUGUCAGUCCCCCUAAAGUGGAUGAGCUGGGGAAGGCGGAGAGGCUGAUAGCAGAACCUGGGUGUCAGAUACAAUCUGGGCAAGUGGAUCACCCAGAUCUGGCCCCACAAGUAACAUGGUUGCUAUGGCAACUGGCUGCUAGUUUGAAUGAGGAUGGCAGUCGGUUGUCAUAACUGUGACAGGGCCUCUGUGUCCAGGUGCAGCGCCCUGCUGUCCAUCGCAUGGACUUGCUCUACCUCUGGGCGUGAAACACCGAGAAACUCCCCUAUUGGCUGCUUCCUUAGCCAGGACUCAGGAGACCCCAACCCUGAAUGAGUCUCAUCGCCUCCCCCCAGCCUCCCCUGACAGCCUUCACAGAGUACCACACCACUGCCCAGUGCAGGACGGGCCCUCGAAGUGCGUUAAGUGGGUCAUGGAAGGGGCCCGAGGCGAUUACUGGAACCCACUCCCUUCUGCACUUCGUCUUCCCAUACUGUUUCCUUCCUCAUUCCCACUUUCCCCACCCCUGCCCUGUUCCAUCCUCUCCAUGUUUAAUCCUUCCCGGCUUCUGUCCCAGAAGUGCAGUGGGGGCUGCCUCAGGACCGAGCCCGUGGCCCAUCUUGGGGAGGGGGGUGUUAAGCUAAUGGAGGACAAACAGGAUUGUAAGCAAGAGGUUCCUAAACCAGCACAGGCUUGGGGAGCAGCCCCCAGGCCUAGGAUUUGAACAGCUUCAGCCCAACUCAGCAAGGAGGUCUUCUCACCACUGCUCCACAGAUUCGCUUUUUAAUUUUUGGAGGGGGAAAGCAAAGGUGUAGAGAAAGGGCAGUCACCUUUUCAAGAAAAAUAUAAAUGGUCCAAGUUGUAUAGUAUUUGUCAGUAUUUCUUUUUUCUGGAAAAUUCAAACACAUAAAAGAAAAUUUUAUUUAAAUAAAAUACUUUGAAAAUAAAA